ACGGACCAGCCACUGCCUGACUCAGAGGUAACCUGGUUCACGGAUGGAACCAGCUUCUCGAUGGAUGGUAAGCGGCGAGCGGGGGCGACAGUGGUUAGUAUAACAACAACCAUUUGGUCAGCGAGCUUGCCGGAAGGAACUUCAGCCCAGAAGGCUGAGUUGCUUGUGCUAACAAAGGCAUUGGAGUUGGCGACAGGAAAACGGGCAACCAUCUAUACUGAUAGUCGCUAUGCCUUCGCCACCGCGCAUGUACAUGGGGCUAUUUACCAACAAAGGGGACUAUUAACUUCGGCGGGAAAAGAAAUAAAACACAAGGCUGAAAUCCUCCGCCUCCUGGCAGCCGUCUCACUACCUUCAAAACUGGCCAUAGUACACUGCCCUAGUCACCAAAAAGGGUCGGAUCCAAUAACUGUGGGAAACCAAAGAGCUGACGAGGAAGCAAAAGCAGCUGCUCUGUGGGAACCUGAGGUCUGUACCCUUGCAGCGGAAAGUGAGACGCAUGCCCCACCGGAACAUAGAGAAGAAACCCUAGAGCAGCGGGCAGUUCCUUACUUACAGCAGGUUCAGCGCUUUACUCACCUGGGGGCACGAAAGUUACAAAUUCUACUGGGUGAUCAGCCUUUCUCCCUAUCCCCCUCUGACAACAAGCAUCUAGUGAAACAGGUUGCCAAUGAAUGCAAAGCCUGUCAGGCGGUAAAUGCCUACCCAAUCCAGACACCAGAAGGAAAAAGACUACAGGGAGACAGGCCGGGACAGUUCUGGGAAGUGGAUUUCACUGAAGUCAGGACUGCCAAAUAUGGCUAUAAGUAUCUUCUAGUUUUUGUGGACACUUUCUCGGGGUGGGUAGAAGCUUUCCCCACCCAUAAAGAAACUGCUCUCGUCGUGGCCAAGAAAAUACUGGAAGAGAUUUUUCCUCUGUUCGGACUGCCUCAGGUAAUCGGGUCUGACAGCAGUCCGGCGUUCGUAGCCCAGGUCGGGGACUCUGUGUACGUGCGAAGACAUCAAGCACACAACCUGAAACCGCAGUGGAAAGGUCCCUACGUGGUGAUCCUCACAACCCCGACAGCAGGUAAAGUUGAUGGCGUCGCUUCCUGGAUCCAUGCCUCCCACCUCAAGCCCGCUCCACCUGCAGGACCGGAGUGACAAUUGGAAAAGACUGAAAAUCCCCUUAAACUUCGGGUUCACCAUGUGGGUGGGACUGUGGACCCUCCCCCUAACAUUUAGUAAUCCCCAUGCACCCCAACUAUUGGUGUGGGAGGUAUAUACCCCCACUGGACAGGUGGCUUGGUCUAUUAAUGGGACACAUACCCCUGGGAUGUGGUGGCCCACCCUACACCCCGAUGUAUGUCAACUGGCUGCUGGAUUAGAUACCUGGGAUUUGCCUAAUCAAGAAUCCCCAGAUAAUAUUCCCUUAGAGGGUCCCCAGAGCAGAGACUAUCCCCGUCUCUAUCUGGGGGAUUACUGUGGGUGUAGAGACAGACAGAGACGGUGUUUUCUUCGUCAGCGAGAAUUUUAUGUAUGUCCCAAAGAUGGCCGUACCCGGAGCCAAAUCAGACAGUGUGGGGGACCAGAGUCCCUGUACUGUAGUACAUGGGGCUGUGAAACCACUGGGUCUGCCUAUUGGAAACCAUCUUCCAGUUGGGACUGGAUCACGGUGCAUCGCAACUUCACCCCUGAAGGAGGAGACAAAUGCGUCACCUCUAAGUUGUCCCAAACUGGUUGUGCUAACACUCCCCUCUGCAACCCGUUAAACAUUACCUUUACUACUAAAGGGAGGGACAUUUCCACGCUCUCCAGCUGGAUGAAAGGGAGAACAUGGGGGCUGAGGUACUAUGUCACCAGAUACGAUUUUGGCUUAUGGUUCACCAUCAGAUUAAAAAAGGCCCCGGCCUCAAGGCCAGUAGGCCCCAAUGUAAGCUGUCAAACCCAAGCUACCCACUUCCCAUAAGCCCGGCACUCCCAGACCCACUCCCAGCCAGCCUAUCCUCAGACCCACCCCGAAAUCCAUCGCACAGGCUACUCCGACGCAACCCCGCCGUCAACCUGCUCCCCCGCUCUUUAACCUAAUUGCGGGUGCGUACUCUGCACUGAACUCUUCUCAGGGAAAUUUAACCCAGUUCUGCUGGCUAUGCCUCUCUGCCUCGCCCCCUUAUUAUGAAGGCACUGCACUCAGCAGCUCCCCCCGGAUGAUAAACUCCUCUUCCUGUGACUGGGGUGGCAGCCACAAGCUUACUUUACCUGAGGUGUCAGGGAAGGGAUUAUGCAUAGGGUCACCCCCUGCAGAGGUUUCUAAGACUCUAUGUGAACAGGCCAUUACUCUCAAUACCUCUGCCUCGCAUUAUUGGGCACCUGACCCAGGGGUCUGGUGGGCCUGUAGUACCGGACUGACUCCCUGUAUUUCCACCUUAAUUUUUAAUCAAUCUAGAGACUAUUGCAUAAUGGUCCAGUUGUAUCCCAGGGUGCUUUACCAUGAAGCAGACACUUUCGCGGAGCUUGUGGAAAGCAGAACAACCCGGUUCCGACGGGAACCUGUGUCUAUCACACUGGCUGUUCUCUUAGGGUUUGGGACGGCUGCCGGGAUAAAAACAGGGAUGGCGGCCCUUGUGUAUGGAAAACAACAUUUAGCACAACUACAGGCUGCCAUGGCUCAGGACCUAAAAGAUUCAGAAACAUCAGUAACAGCACUGGAGCAGUUGCUAACAUCCCUAUCUGAGGUGGUUUUGCAAAAUAGACGGGGAUUAGAUCUCAUUUUCAUGAAGGAAGGGGGCUUAUGUGCUGCUCUUAAGGAAGAAUGUUGCUUCUAUGCCAACCGCACCGGAGUGGUAAGGGACUCAAUGGCCAAACUGAGAGAACGAUUAAGAGACCGACAGCGAGAAAGGGAGACACAACAGGGCUGGUUCGAAUCAUGGUUCACUCAGUCUCCAAGGCUCACAACUCUACUGUCGGCCCUGGCUGAUCCUCUAAUAAUUCUACUUCUAAUCGUAACCAUUGGUCCGUGCAUCCUUGAUAGGCUUGUCACCUUCCUGCGGGAACAAAUUAGUAAUGUUAAACUAAUGAUAAUUAGACAAAAAUAUACAGCCCUUGAAAAUGCCGAAACAGAGGAUCUCUAGGAUUGGAAAUCCCCACAAGAAGAAGUGGGGAAUGAAGGGUUAAAAGCUUAAAAGUAAAGCCAUAAAACUGAAACUGCAAAAAUCCAAGUGCAGCCAUAGUGAUAAGGAACCAAACUAUCUCUGUUGAAACAUGUGUCCCCGCUUGCCUGUGAAACUGUCCCCGUCCGCUUGAGAAAUAGCCUUGGGAAACUGCUUUGUGUAACUGUCUCAGGCGAUAGCUUCCAUGUGCCUGGAAAGAGCUGCAGUAAGUUCCUGUAACUUAGUGACCUUUGUAUGAAUUCACCCCCUCCCAUUUGUUUGUUGCACUGUAUAAAAAUCCUAGCCUUCUUUCUCUUGGGGCUGCUCUGUUCCUGAGUGUUCAGACAGCCCCAGCAUGCUGGAGAAAAUAAACCCUUUGCUGAUUGCA